AUGACACGGAAGUCGGUGAAAGGUCGAGCAAUAGCAGACAUGCUAGCAGAGAACACUGCAGGACCACAAGCUAGAGAUGAGAUAGACCCUCUUGAUGACCGUGUUUUACUAGUUACUACAAAAAAGUGGGUCAUGUACUUCAAUGGGGCUGUUAAGCCAUCCGGAUCCGGCAUAGGGGUUUAUGGCGACUCUGCCCUCAUUAUCCUUCAAAUAGAAGGUAAGUGGAAGACUCGCGACCCAAAGUUGAACCCAUAUCAUGAAUUUCUAGAGGAUAUAAUCGACGAGUUUGAUGAGAUAGCGUUCAAAUAUCUUCCCGCAGCUCAAAACCAAUUUGUAGAUGCCUUGGCCACCCUCUCGUCAAUGUUCCGAGUAACUGUGGGUUCAAAUACCAAGCCAUUGGGAAUUGAAAUCUUGAAGCGUUCUGCCUACUCCAUGCUGAUAAAAGAAGAGGUACAUAGAGAGCCAUGGUAUCAAGACAUUAAGGUUUACUUGCGGACUAGAGAAUGUCUUGAAGGUAGUGAAGUAGCCGACAGGAAGUAUCCGAUGAAACUGUCUUCAAAGUUUUUCCUCAGCGGCGAUACAUUGUACAAGAGGUCAUAUGACUCUGUUCUCUUCAGGUGGGUUGAUGCCAACGAAGCUAAUUGGUUGAUGAGUGAAAUUCAUUAG